CUCACCAGUCCUCACGGUCAACGAGAGGGGAGUGUUGCCGGUGCUUUGCGGGGUCCAUCGACUCGGCAGACGACGAGGCACGGGUGGUGCGAGCCAGAGUCGGCCAUCGGAUCUAUCUUUGUUUUAUUCAUAUUCAGUACAGUUUAGUACGGUAGUGUUCAUUCCUGACAUUCCAUUUCUUGUAUCGAUUUUCGAGUGUGUCUAUUCAAUCCAAUACAGUCUCUGUAGUAUUUAUCUUCACAUCGCUGCGUUCUCAUUUUUUGUCACUUUUGCAUCCACCACAGUGGUGUGCAGUAUUCGUAUCGUACCUCGUACCCAGUACCAGUUUCCAAACCAGUUUCAGACUUUCAGUCAGUUACAGUUACGAUUGAGUUCAGAUCCCCAACUGGUCACCUCUCCAUCUGGUAUGGGCAGACACUAUAAAAAUAAAAAGAAGACUAAAGCUGUUAGUCCUUCUUCUGGAAAGGAGGGUCAAAAACCACCAGAUCGAAACUACCCCUAUACUGAGAUCGUCCGUGAAAAUGUUGCCUUUGUUGACUACUACCAGAUGCAAAAAAUUUGUUCAGAGGAAGACUUUGAGAAGAUGAUGGAAAGUUUCAAAGAGGACCUUCCAUCUGCAUUUCGUAUAACUGGCUGUUCUAAAUCGGAGGCAAAGCUACUGCUGAAAAUUGUGGAGAGUGAACUCUUCAAGGACCUUCUCAAUACUGAUACAGAAUUCGAAGAUAAUACCAGGAGACCGUUUUGCCUACCUUGGUAUCCAAACAGGCUUGGCUGGCAAAUCCAAAUUACUCGCAAAGAUAUUCGUCGAUCUAGGGCAUUUUUCAAAUUGCACAACUUCCUAAUCACAGAAACAGGUUGCGGAAGUAUCAGUCGACAGGAGGCUGUAUCAAUGAUUCCACCGUUGUUGCUGGAUAUCAAACCUCAUCACAAGGUUUUAGACAUGUGUGCUGCCCCUGGCUCCAAAACUGCUCAGUUAAUCGAAUUGCUUCAUCAGGAUGAAGAGUCAAUGCCGGAGGGAUUUGUUGUUGCCAAUGACGUCAACAACUCAAGAUGCUAUAUGUUGGUUCAUCAGGCAAAACGACUGAACAGUCCAAACAUGAUGAUCGUCAAUCACGAUGCCUCGUCAAUGCCCAACUUUUAUGUCUCCGACAAAGAUGGUAAACGGUCAGUCAUGAAAUUUGAUCGAAUCCUUUGUGAUGUACCUUGCACAGGGGACGGAACUUUGAGAAAGAAUCCUGAUAUUUGGAUGAAAUGGAAUGCAGCAAAUGGUAACAAUAUGCAUGGUUUACAAUUUCGUAUUUUGCGCCGGGGAUUAGAAAUGGUAAAUAUUGGAGGUCGUAUUCUCUACUCAACGUGCUCCUUGAAUCCGAUCGAAAAUGAAGCUGUUAUCCACAGGAUUUUAUUGGAAAUGAAAGGUGCUGUUGAGUUAGUAGAUGUCAGCCACUUAGUACCAGGACUUAAAUUUCUGCCAGGCGUUUCUCACUGGAUCCCUGCUUCAAAAGACAACGUAGGCUACAAUACUUUUGAUGAGGUUCCAGCCAAGUAUCACACUCAAGUUCGACCCCAAUUGUUUCCCCCCAAAUCAGAAGAAGCCAGUCAAUUUCAUUUAGAAAAGUGUCUCCGGAUAUUACCACACCUACAAGACACAGGAGGAUUUUUUGUCGCAGUUCUUGAAAAGAGGGCCGCUCUACCCUUUGAGCUAAAAUGCAAAUCUGAUUCUCAUGCAGCCUUAAAGAAAGAUUUAGGUCAGGUAUGUUCUGCUGAUAAGAUUCAGUCAGAUAACAGCACAAUUUUCAAAGGAAGUUUAUCAAACCGAGGAGAAGCUAAUGCUGAAUUAAAUGGUGACACAAAAGACUCAAAUUUUGAACCUGUACCUAAAAGGAAGCGACUACUUGGCUUCAGGGAAGAUCCAUUUGUGUUUUUUGACGACAAUGAGCCUGUUUGGACCAGUAUCAGAGAAUUUUAUGAUGUAAGCCCCGAUCUCCCAAAGAAUUGUUUGUUAACAAGAUGUCUUAUGGGAAAAAAGAAAAAUAUUUACUUUACCUCACCAGCAAUCAAAGACUUGGUUGAAAGUAAUCAUGAUAGAAUUAAGAUAAUAAAUACAGGAGUUAAAACUUUUGUGCGCUGUGAUUACAAGAAAGUUUGUGAUUUCCGGCUAUCUCAAGAGGGCCUGCCUAGCAUUGCUCCUUUUAUCGGGCCACGGCGAAGAAUUCGAAUCGCAAAAUCAGAUCUAUUACUCAUGCUUGAAUGUGACCCGAAAUCUCCUCCUCAAUUUGAAACAUUGGAUGCAGCAACUCAAGAGAACAUCAAAGAUGUAGACGUAGGUUGCUGCUUGCUUGAAUAUCGGAGUGAGGAACUAAAUUUAGACCUGACAGGCUGGCGAGGAAAGUGCUCACUGAAAGUUUACAUUCCGUCAUCUGAUGUUGUUCAUUAUAUUAGGCUUUUGGGAGGUGAUGUGUCCAAGUACGCAUUUGAUAAAUUCAAGAAAGAGCCUGCUGAAAAGGAUGGCGCAGUUAUUGACACCAAUUUAACCUCAGAAGGUCACAUGGAAGUGGUUGAAUACAAAGUCCCAGUGGAAAAGGAACGAUCCGGAGCAACUGAUGAGAGCAACAAUGGGGAAUGAAAAAACCAGUGGAUGUCGUUGGAAAUGAGUUUUGAAAAAUUUAUGAUUGUGAUAAUUGAAAUAUUGGGUGAGUUAUGGAAGUUUGUAAUAUUUUGUGAUUUAAAAAAGAAUGGGUCUUAAACGUUUCAAAACCACAUUGAGUUUUUUUGCUUAAAAGUUCAAACUCACAUUGCCGAUCUGUAAAAUGAAAUAUCGAGGUCCUUGUCUUUCGAUUGUAAUGUAAUGACAAUGAAACUUGUUUAUUCAAAGUCACAAAUAAAGAAACAUUUUUAAGAAGUGUUGCUUCCUCCCUAUACCGAGGCCUGGCGAGAGGGUCACUAGCACCAUAGAGUACAGAGUGUGUUUCUUCCUCGUUUCUCAAGCUCUAACUUUCAUGUUCAGUUUUCUUAACAGAACUUUCAUGAUGAAUGUGAUAAAGUUGAUGAAAAAUAAAUGUGUAAAUUAUUUUGGGUCAAUUUUCAUGCCAAAAGAGCUUGGCUGAUGAAAUUUAAGUAUUUGGGUCCUUUUGUAAGUUUUACUUCAAAAUAUCCAAUGAAUGUUCAAGCUUGCAAAUAAAAAAGUGGUUUCUGUUCUCCAGUAUUCAUUGCAAUGUA